CCAGCAAGGGAAAGGCCUCGAUCCCGGCGCCGGCUCCCGGGUAGCGGCGGGCCAUGGCUUCGGGCGGCAGGCGCUGGCUGCGCGGCCUGUGGGCCGUGGGGCAGCCCCUGUUCCAAGGUCGUGCGCUGCUCGUCACCAACACGGUGGGCUGCGGUGCUCUCAUGGCGGCCGGGGACGGCAUCCGCCAAUCUUGGGAGGUCCGCGCCCGUCCUGGCCAGAAAUUCGACCCGCGGCGCUCAGCUAGCAUGUUUGCAGUGGGCUGCAGUAUGGGCCCCUUCCUGCACUACUGGUACCUCUGGUUGGACCACCUGCUCCCAGCGUCCGGCCUCCGUGGCCUCCCAAACGUCCUCAGGAAAGUCCUCAUCGACCAGCUGGUGGCCUCUCCCAUGCUAGGCGUCUGGUACUUCUUAGGCCUUGGCUGCCUGGAGGGCCAAACCCUGGAUGAGAGCUGCCAGGAGCUGCGGGACAAGUUCUGGGAAUUCUACAAGGCUGACUGGUGCGUUUGGCCAGCCGCGCAGCUGGUGAACUUCCUCUUCGUGCCCCCCCAGUUCCGAGUCACCUACAUCAAUGGCCUGACGCUGGGCUGGGACACAUACCUCUCCUACCUGAAGUUCCGGGUCCCUGCCUCAACCGUCCAGCAAGACUGAUCCCAGCCACAUGAUGGACGGCUGAGGGCUCGCUCAGUGAAGAGGAGUCCAGAGGGGUGAAUGAGGUGUGUGACCAGACCCUCUUGCACGGACUGGGCCUGUCCACCUCCAGGCUGUAUGGCCCUGGGCACCAUGAAGACUGGGCUGCCCAACCCUCCCAACUGGAUGUCAGACAGGGCAAGACUGACAGUCAGCAGGCGAGGCCUGGUUGUGGCCCCACCCUGAUCCCAAGGCAUCUAGCUGGGUGGCCACUUCCAAGCCCAGUAAUGGACCUGAGUCCCCCCAUCAGGAACACUGAGGGCCAUCCAGGAGCCCUUCUCAGCACGGGCCGCACUGAACCAUGGCAGCUGUGUUCCCACCCUCAGCACCUGGCCCCAGCCAGCCGGUCCCGAGCCCCAACCCCUCAAUACCAUUAUGGGCUGGGCCCUGGGACCAAGGAUGGGACACAGUCCAUCCCCUUAGAGCAGGGCCGAGCCUGGAGUUGACCCCCCCAGACACUGGAGCCUUAGCCAGGGCUGGGUGGCCUCCAGUAUCCUGCUCGGGUCACAGGCUGUGCAAGUUCUAUUAAAUUAUCUUGCCAUUGAAA